CCAUACCUAUUAACUAGCUUAAACAAUAGACUCAUAGUAAUAACCAUAGUAGUUAUAUAGAUCAUCAUGUCAGUUACUGAGUUCCCACCACUUCUCUCCGAUGAAGAUUUACAAAAAUAUAAAGUUCCAUUAAGAUGGAGAGAUAGAUGUGCAGCUUAUUUUGCACUUUAUCAUACAUGUCUUAUUAGACAAUCAGCCAAUUCAUCUGUUAAUUGUAAACUCGAUAAACAUGCAUGGGAAGAAUGUGAAAACUUGGACUAUAUAAGAAGACAAAAGGAAUUGAGUGAAGUUAAGGAAGCCAGAAGAGCUGAAUUGGCUGCAGCCAGUGAAUCUGAUUAAUUCUUCAAUUGUUAUCUUUCUCCAUUAUGACAGUUCAUGUCCUCCAUUUGCAUUUUCACAUCUGUUUCUAUAGAAAUAAGAAACGGAUUUGAAUAUUGAAACUUUGCAUUCCUACUCCAUGGGAACCAUCAGUUUGUAUACUAUACUAUAACAAAAAAAUACAGUUGAUAUAUAUAUAUAUAUAUAUAUAUAUAUAUAUAUAUGUAUAUGUAU